AUGGCUUCCGCAGCUUCGCUGUCAGCAUUUACGGACUUCUUGGAGGACCAAAGUGACGAGGACAACGAAUCUCUUGCCUCUCUCGAAACAGACGACGGCCAGAUACACGCUCCUGAAAAGAUUCUUGCGCAAUUCCCUGUGAAGAUCCCUUCGCCCUCCGAGGCCCUCGCCGGCGUGCCCAGUUUGAUCUGGUAUCUAGUCAAGUGGCAGGAUUGCUCAACUUUGCGAUCAAGUUGGGAACUCAGAGAGCUAUUCCUUGUGUAUCCCGAGGUUCUGGAUUCCUGGCAGGCUGAAUUACAAAGACAGGCCGAAGGUAAAUCAGUGCCGUUCGAUAUACACGCCUUCGACAAAGCUGUGGCCGAAGCCGAGGAAGCAGAGCGACAGAGGCGAAUACUGCGAAGACUGAAGCGAAAAAUGGUUCUCCCAUCCGCGCGUCGCCUUCUGGGCCUCAUAUUUCUCAGCCUACCCAUAGUAGCGAGAGCAAUUUCCUCGCCACCCUCAGAAUCUCCCAAAGCAGGCUCAGAUUUGAUAUGUUCAACUUCCGAUCCAACAGACUGUUAUCCACAUAUUUUCCAGCCGACGAAGGACUUUCAACCCGUAAGAGAAGGCCAGGAUCUACCACCGGGUCUACACGUACGGAUGAACAUAUGGUCCGGGGAGAAAGAGGCGCGGCUGAAUAUACCUAUGGAGGGCGAGGAGGGCGCAAUCGAUGGAGUCCUAGAAAUACCAACAGAUCAACUACCAACCACCGAGCAGUCUAUAGUCGUGAUCCCGCAACCUGAUGAGUCAGAACAAAAACCACACAUUCCUAAAGACGCACCCGCUUACGAAGCCGCGGGCAAGAUCCUCCCUCCUCCCCCAGCCAGUGACGAGUUCACCACCUUUCAAAAAGCCAUGGCUACAAUCCAGUUGGAAGGCCAAGCUUUCGAUUCAGCACUCGACGAUCUCCGCGAGCUAUCUCACGAUAUCUUUUACGGUCUCGAAAUCGUCAAAGACGGGCCGGUCCUCGAGCGACUGGUCUGUCUGACCCUUGGCUACGGAACUGGACAGACCUCAGCCAAGGCGAGCAGUAGAGAACACAAAGCAGCUAACAUCCUGGCCUCUUCCAUCCAGAACAACCCCACUGCCUUGAAGGAAGUCGCCGGGUAUAGCAAAAUGAUCGUCUACCCCUCCUGCGGCCAAGUUGAGCAUAUCAAGUCCGAAAUGGGAGCCGAUGCAGCUCCGCCAAAUUUCGUUUCCAUGCUUCACAACCGCCUCGGCCGCGAGAACGAUGCUGGGGCUUUGAAGGCGAAAGUCUCAGCUAUCAGCGGGCUCCUCAAGGACCCUAGUAUCAGAGACUCUUUCAUCGUGAAGCGCGGCAUGGAUCUCCUGCUCACUAUUUUCCUGAAGAAGGGCGAGGAGUUUGAUGGUGUGCGGGUGAAGGUGGCACAGCUCGUGAUGGACAACUUUCUUGACGAGGGUAUGGGCGCUCAAUUGGGCGUCUGGCCGAAAGGCAACGUGGCGGAGGCGAAGGUGUGUGAGAGUACAGAGCGCAUGUUGGAUGAUGGAUGCUGGGAGCAUCAUGUGAGCGCUCAUGAGAAGCAGGUUUGGGGACGGGAAUUCCUGGAGGCGCUGAAGGGUGGGAGGGCCAGAGCUGGUGGUAGCAAGGCGAGCAAGGGGGAGUUGUGA